AUGGCCAACGUGCCAGAUGUACUCUACCACCGUUUUCUCAAGAUGCUGCUAAAGCGCGGCAGCUUGUUCGUUGUGUGGGCACCCGCCUGCCGUUUCACUUUGACGACCCACAAGCAAGCGAGUUCAAGACAUGAGAAGUGUUGCUGCGGCGGUGAGCGCCGUACUUGGGCAUUUUGUUUGUCAACCACCUGUGUUGUUCCACAAUUUCUGCAGGUGCUUCCUUUCCAAGACAUGUUUGAGCUGCUUAAAGAUCACAGCUGUGCCUUCAGUCAGGCCUCGGCCGCUGACAUGCCAAGAAAGACAGCUGGCGUGGUAAGGAGCUCGAGUGAGCAAGUUAUGCAACCGACGGCUGCCAACUUCUUUGAUGCCACAUCCGAGCAGGGAGGCCCGAUCGCGCUGUGGAUUCUUGGGCCAUCCUCCGUUGGGAAGUCUACAAUAACUGUGGACGUUGCCCCAUCCUUCGGAAUUCCCCGUGCAGGCGGCACACUCGAGCAAGCUGACCGGAGGCGGCAAUUGGAUGCCGUCGUAAUUGAUGGCGAGUACAUGCGCGAUGCGCAUGCUGUUUGGCAGGCUUGGAUUGAAACCGAUGACUGGCGUUCGGCUUAUCCUGCAUUGAAAGCUUUCAUAAACAAGGAGAAGGACGACAUGUGCGCAGAAGCGGUCAGUCGCCGCAAGAAUUUGAUUAUUCCCCAGACGGCCCUCAAGUUGCCCAAGGCACUGGCUGAGAUGGAGCGGAUUAAGAACAGUGGAUACACGAACCACGUCCUGGCCGUGGUAGCUCCGUUGGUUGAAUGUCAAAGACGCGGGCAGAAGCGAGAGCUUUCCACUGGGAAGCGGUAUCAGCCAGACGAGUUCGAGCGGUCCAUUUCCGCAAUACCUCCCCUCAUUGCGGCGUGCAAUGGCCGAUUCAGAAUCGUGCGGGCGCGUGAGCGACCUGGAACUUCUCACAGGAUGGACUUUGAGACCCUCCAGGAAGGCAGCGGUGGUACAGCAGAGAGUGGGUUGAGCAGCCCCCAGAUGACAGCCGACGAGGAUUUGGAGGCCAUCAUCCGCAAAGCGGUGGACACUCCCGUGGCGAACCAGGCAGCUGCUGUGCCCUGA